AUUAUAAUCAAGGUUUGUUGUAGUUUGCCUGAAAAGAUGAAAAAUUAAUCAAAAUAGUUUGGCAGACACAUAUUUCUCUGGUCUAACCUCCGGACGACCUCAACUAUCCACCACCAAAUCUUUUUUCAGACACGGUACAGAACGUGACAGUGAUAACAGGCAGCGAGACUCUCUCGGCAUUCGAGGAAGGCCUCGCCGAUGACGACUCCUGGGUGGAAAAUCUUAGUCAUGAUGAUGAAGACACACCAACUGAAGAUUCCUCGUCAGGCGAAGAGGUCACUCUUACCUGCUCAGCAGCCAUUGAUCAAGAGGACGAGCUUAGGGGAUACCAUCGAUCAGCUAUUGAUUUUACCCUACAUACCAUCUUGGAGGAUAGUUGUGAAGGAGAAGAGAGCGAGGUAGAACAAACUGCACCGAGAAAGAAAGAACGACCUGCUUCUGCCACCGACCUAGAGAAGUACUUCUUCUUCGGUCUUGGAGAUGGCAUUGCUACGUCACUCAACUCCAAUCGAGAAGAUGCUAUGUCAGAGACAAGCAGUAUUUAUAGUGAAGGGGUCGAGUCUCUUGGAGGUAUGGAGGAUACCCAACAGAGCUACGAGGCUGAUCCAGCUGACUUGGCCUCAUCCCGAUUGGAGAAGUACUUCCUCAGUGGAUUCAUGGGAUUCACAGCAGAACGUAGAGACUCUGAUGGAAGCGUUGGAAGUGAUAGCGAAGGAAGACCAAGUCCUGAACAGAGGAGGAAACGAUUGGUUAGAGCUAGAGGUACCGGAAGGUCACACUCUUCGUCUCUAGACAACUUGGAUAAUGCUGGGAAUGAACAGACAGCAGAACCUCAAGUAAACUCUGAAGAUUCCUCUAGCUCGGAUUCAGACGCUUACGAUGACGUAACGAUAACCAACUUCGAGAAAUCUGAUGGACAAUUUGACACGAUCAAACGAAAGAAAGGAAAGAAGCAUAAAAACGCGACUUCUCCAGCUGACGAGUCCAAGAAUCUUGAAACGACUCAAGAGGUGAAUGAAGAUGAGAAUGAGUUAGACGAUGAAGAUCCAAGGAACAAAACGCCUCAGCCUGAGCCCAUGCCAUCGAAUCUAGCAACGAAUAAGAACCAGCAAAGCAGGGAUAGUGGCUUCAUAGGUAGUUGUGAUGACUUGCUCAAAGACCAACGGGAUAACUGCACUCCUGACUUGACUACCAAGGCCGAGCUCAAGACAGAGCUCGAGAAUAUAGCUGAGGAGAGAAUUAAACCAGAUGAAAGGAUAGCCUCCCUGUCAACUCCUCCAGCAACGUCUCUUACUAGGAAAGACAGCUUCAACAAUUGGAGUUCUGACGAAGAGACCAACCUCAUGAUGUGUAAAAUGCGCCAGUUUUUCAAAACCAUGGUAGCUAACUCGCAAUGUGCUCCUAACUCCAAGCCCACAACUCCUAACUUAACUCUACGAACUUCUCCUAAGCCUAUUGGCAAAGGUCGGUGCAAACCUCCACAGUUGGUGUAUUUUGAAAACGAAUUGACUAGGCUAAUGAAGACGGUACCUGGUAUCAAAGAUGAACAGGUAAGGGAGAUUGUGGAGUAUUUGAGCAGUGAAGAUACUUGGAGUGAUUCGUAUGAUAGCUCAGAUUAUACUAGUUCUGAUCUAGAAGGUGCUUCUACUAAAUCAGCUUUGCAGCAACAGAUCUCAGAUAGCUGUAAACAAAUAAUCAAUAAGUUUGAUAACAGAAUAGACGAUGAGGGAGAUGAAGGUGAUGGAGGUAUCAUAGAUGAAUCCCAUGGACUCAACAAAGAGACUGCGUUUGUGUACCAAAAGCUUAUGGCCUCGUUCGAGAAAAUGGCGACCGGAGACAGCGAAACAGUGAACGUAUCCAAGUUAGCAGCCCAUGGCUCACCUCCAUUGAUCGCCAAGGUGAUGCACCAUAUUGGUAGCAGGCUAGUGGCCCUAAUGCAUGAGGUUUCCAGUGGAGAGAGUCAUGCUAGUAACAGUCCCAAGACUAAGCAUUACCACAAAAGACUGCAACACAAGAUCUCUUCCGCCUCUAGCACUACAACUGAAGAUGACUUACCGGAGCUCGUCAGCCAGAUUGACAGUAAAGCUGAUGCUUUUGAAGACACGUAUAAUUUACUGCCCAGAAGUCGAUCACACGACCUGUUGGACCACACAAAUCAAUCUGGAACAGCUGAUGCUAGCGAAGAACGUGAAGCUAGUGACUGCGAACGGUUCAGCUGGCGAGGCAGCUUCGAAUCAGCUUUGCUCGCUACAGACUCGAGAAACAAACUAUCUUUGCUGGGCAGCGAAGGCUCAGCUUCCGCUUCCGCCUUGGCUAUCGCAGCUAAGCGUCGUUCAGCUGGCGACUUGUUGUUCAGCCACAAGAGUCUCAGCCGAGAGCAGCUGGAUCGAGUUAGGAGCUGCGGGAGCAUAGGCGGCGCCAAUAGUGAGGAUAAGUUGUGGACGAGGCCAAAUAGGCGGAGGUCAAGUGUACCUGACGCGACCUCUUGCGGGUCCGGAGGGUCUGCUGAUGGGGAGGAUGAGGAUGAGGAUAUGGAUAGUCGGUCCACCCUCCCGCGGAGCCUCCAAAGCGUAGCAGCCCAGUCCACUAACUCCCUCCCGCGUCUCCCUACCAAUGCCACAGCUGCCAUGCAGAAGAGCCAGAGCAUGUACCAGUUCCUCCCCCAAAACGUGAAGAGCGCGAGAUACCGACCUCCCGGUCUGAACCGCCUCACGUCGGUGCCGAAAAGGGCUGUCAGCGCCCCGGGGCUGCAGCCCAGCCAUCAGAGGAGAGGCAGGAGGCCCCAGCAGGUCGCUAGCGAAAAGAACAUACGUUUUUGUUUCGUUGUUGAAGAAGGUAAUUGAACAAGUUCACUAUCUGCAAAAGUGUCACGUCCUUCAUUCAGUUUUACAUCUUGAGUAAUGCAAAACAUUCCUGGAAAUACGGGAAAGAGCUCGUACUUUGAGUUUUUCCUUCGUUUUUUGUUCCC